CGGUCGAGCGGCGUGCUGGUUCGCAGGGUCCGUGUUUUCGCUGCGGAAUCGUCGCCGGCUGAAGUUUUGCGGAGAUCGCGUUCCGGUAUUUCUUCUACGGCCUUUCCCGACUCGUGACCGAUCGUGCUCGCUCUAUAGAAAGUGAAACUGCAUUGUUGAGACGUGAUUAUAAAUUGUGUAAGGACUACUAACUUUGUGCUAACUUGAGUGAAGUGGAACGUUUUGAAAGUGUUUCAAACUCAGCCGGGACUCGUUUCGAUAUCAGCUCAGUUUUGAAGGAAACUGUGCCUAGAUUAUUGGAGCGCUGUUUGAUUUCCCUUAAUACGGUAUUCCAGGUCUUGCUAAGCAAGUCGUGAUUUUGCUGUCGGGAAUCCACUAAAGUACUCUCAUCUGUCUUUGAUUGUGAUAAGAUGUCUUCGAAAGUGAGUUUGUGUGCUUAAGCGAUUUGUAAAUCGAAUAAGAGCAAAGAGCGACGGUAAAGUGUUGUACUGAAAUGUGAAUUUUGUGUCAAAGUGAUAAAACCGAACUUCGUUUGUGUGUUAAUAUUGUUUAUAUCCCGAUGAAGUUUCACGUGUAACUUGACGCUUAUUGCAAUUGAUUUUGGAAAAAUCUCGCUAUGGAGACCGAGGAGCUCACGAAACUUGUCGACGGUAUAUAUAAGAACAUCCUGGACAAGUUCAAUCCAGGUGCUCGGCAGAUGAUCACUGCGGGAAAGGCGUACCUGAAGGCAUUACAUGGAGCCGCGGCCGCUUCUCGUCUGUACGUGGACGCAGUCGGCAAGCUGGGCAGGCAAGCUCAGCAAGGCACAUGGGGCGGAUGCGCGGACAUUGGAACUGCGCUCAUGAAAGUUGUGGAGGUCUACCGAGAAAUACAAGAUCAACAAAUGAACAUCCUGAAGGCGUUCUACGUCGAUUUGCUGGUCCCCUUGGAAACUAAUCUGGAGAAAGAUACAAAAGUAGUACAGUCUGAACAAAAGCGAUUCCUGCAACAACACAAAUUGCGUUCAGAGAGUUACAGCAAGGCGGCGGCGACCAUCAAGAAACAACGAAAGAAGAAAACUAAUGUCACUAAAGUCGGCUCAGCUAUGGACAAAGAGAUGAAGAACAUGCAAAUACUAGAAGAAGAGAAAACAAAACUGGACGCCUUUUGCGAACAAAGUUUGAAGAACGCAAUGACACAAGAGCGUCGCCGCUACGGAUUCGUGCUGGAACGGCAAUGCUCCCUGGCGAAACAUUGGCUGGCUUACCACGCUGCUGGCGCGGCGUCGUACAACAACGGCUUGGAGGAGUGGCUCGAAGUGUCAAGGACCAGGGAAUUCCUGCCACCGAACGUGGAGGCCAUGUUUGUCAGUAGGAUGAGGCAAGUUUCAUUCUGGGCUGAUGAAGAAGUAUACGCCAGUCCUCGUGCUGGCGACGAUGAUGACAGAGCAUCAGUUGGAUCAGCUCUGAGAAAGACACGAUCUGUCGACGCGUCAUGCUUAGAUGUCAGGUCCAUUGGGGACUUGGGCUCACCAGCUCAAGGAUUGUCCAGAGCUAAAUCCGACUUCAACCUGCAAGCUAGCCUACAUACAGGUGAACCAGAUACUGAUGCUCGCAUAGCAACCCGUCCAUCUUCUCUUGCUCCACCAACUUGUGCUAUUCGUGAGCCACCAUUGGCCAGGGCUCUGUACGCCUACGCAGCAGCUGGAGACAACCAGCUCAGCUUCCAAGCCGGUGAUAUACUAGCUCUCUUGGGAGAAAGAACUAAAGGAUGGCAGUACGGGGAAAACUUGCGCACACACCACGCUGGAUGGUUUCCUUUGGCAUAUACUGAGCUGAUUGCUAAUGACGAGAAUCCAUCAAGUUCGCCGGCUCGAUGGAGCUGUGCUCAAACUCCAAAUGAAGGCCCCCCGCCAGCACCAGUUGCGCAUGCGCAAACUACCCCCAGUACUCCAUCAGUACAUACUCACCAUCCACCAACUCGCAUGUUCGGAGAUACCGUCACUGCUCAUCACGUGAAUAAAGGUCGUCUUGGUACCAGUUCACCAGGGCUUCCACCAACACUGCCAGCGCCGUCUCCAAGCGCCCUCAGUUCGUCAGCGAGUGCCACGUUCCAUGCGUCAGCUCCGGCAGCUGGUAACACAGCUAUAAAGAAUUCCACAUCAGCCGCCAGUUUUACGACUCACGCAGUCAUCGAAACUAGGAGCUUUGGACCACAGACAUUGCCGAUGCGCUCACAGGUUGCUCAAAAUAAAGCUGGCCCAGCCAAAACUGUCGUGUCGGCUGUUGGUGCAGUUGGAAACGUUUCUCUGCACAGCUCUAACGAUUCGGGAUUCUCCAAUGAGCCACCACCGCAGCCCGACGUCGACUAUAGUGAUGAAGAGGCGCAACGAUUACGAGUCCCUAUAAGUAAAACUGCUCAAUCUAUCAACGAUCAUAAAGCUUACUUGCUCAAAACUCAAAGCCUGAAACGAGGUCCAAAGCCAACAAAUGUCAAUGGCUACCUCACUGAUGAUCAGCAAUUAAUGCUACGCAAUAUGCUAGAUAUGGACCAGGAUUCUCAAAAAGUCAAGAGAACUAAGUCAUUCUGGAAAUUUGGACGUACAACUUCCGAGGAAAUAAUGGAGGGCAUGUCUCUUUGGCAACAUCGUGAUAUUGUUGAUACGCAUCCAGAAUUUAAGAAAAAACUUUUUGUAAAACUCAAAAAAGAAUUACGUCCAGCACCAGAUAUACCUGAUACAACAAAACAAGCGAGUCCUGAAAAAAUAAUUCAAAAUGAUAAUAAGCAAACACGCCCCAAAGAAACCAUUGACAGAAAAGAAUUAAAGAUGUCUAAUGGUAUACGCCAAGCUAAAAGUUUGGGGUCAAUACAAAAUGGUGAACAAAUUGAAAAAGAAAGAAAAACUGAUCACUAUCGACAAAAUCAAGCAAUGAAAAAGAAAAGCAUUUCCGAAAAAUCGAUAGCUGAAGAGAAGAAUGAAGAAUUUAUUCCGAGAAACGAGUCGAGACAUUCUGAUCUGACGAAUACGAGUACAAUAAAAACUAAUUUUGAAAAUAGUUUUUAUAACGAUGAAAACGGAGAUGGAUUUGUCAUGAAAACCGUUAAACGCAGAGAAAUAUUGCAGAGAUAUGACAAUGAUAGUACUUCUGAUGGAAAUUCUGUUGCCUCAAGUACUGAUCCUUAUGACUGUAUUAUUGUAGACGAUCACAUGACAUCUAAAAAACAACAAGAGCUUGAUCGUCGCCGUCAAGCACAAUUACUUAAUGAAGAUGUCAAAAUGCGCAAGGAGAAUGCUUACAUGCCAGAAUUUGAAGAAAUUGAAGUGACGCCAAUCAAACCACAUAUUCGCGCAUUGUCCACAGAACAAAUUGCUAAAAGCCCAUCUCAUGAGCGUUCUCCUCCAAAAACAAUGGAAUUUAAAACCUUCAAAGAUAAUUCAAAAGAGAUAAAAACGUUUUCAGCUUCAUCUGAAACUCUAAAGUACAAAGAUGAACCAACGGAUCGUUACGGAAUUCCUACGGAACGUAACAACAACGAAUUGCGCAAUGAAGACAAAUAUAACGGACAUGACGAGGGUACAUUAAAAUAUAAGAAACGAUCAAGCAAGGAAGAGAAAAUUCGGCAACAGCCUUUUGAAAAUGGAAAGAGUCACAAAAAAGAAUAUCCACAAGCUGAAGCCAGAAACCAAACAAAAGACACAAGGCCAUUUGAUAAUAGAGAACCGAGGAUUGACUAUUCUUUAGACAGGCGUCACAUGAAAAAGGCCGACCCUCGAGCAAGGAAUAGAGUAAAUAGGAGUUAUGAUGACAGCUCAUUGCCAUAUAAUGGACGCAGAGAUGAGAGAGUAUACUACGAGUCCAAUAUAUCAUACUUCAGUGAUCAGGAACGCAGGGUUUCACGUUAUGACUAUGAAACGGAUUCUAAGAAAGCGGAAAAAUCUAAAAUAAGACAAGAAGAAGCACGAUUGGAAGCCAGGCGUUUUAUAGAACGCAGGAGUGAGGGACCAUAUAGUGAGUCAGAUGAUCAGAAAUUCAAUGAAGCCAUGAAGCAACAGAGACCACAGUUGCUUCCUCGUACUAAACUCUUAAAGAGAACUCCUGAUGGGAAUGAAUUGCCUGAAGAAGGUCAUACCUUUGGGCCAUGGUAUGAUUUAUGGGGUCGAGAAACAGCAGUCUACAAAUAGUGUAAGAGGCCACAACAAUUCGCAACGGUGAAGCUACGGAAGGCGUUAACCAACGACCGAUCGUCGCCAGCCAUCGAGUAAUGUCUAUAAUUAUUUUGUUAAUUAAUGUUAAAUGUAAAUUAGAAACACCAUGUAUUUUGUACAGUUAAAUAUUCAUAGUUU